GUGCGUCCGGGCACGUGUUCCUUAUGAAUGCCACUGACUGUGUCCACGCGAGUAGCGGGUAGUGCCAAAUCCGUUAGCUACGACUCGACCGCUUUUCGAAUAGUUAUGAAAAAUCUUCAUCCUGUUUUUUGUAUAUGAUGUCGCACAGUAAGGGCCUGCUCUCUUACUCUUUAUCGUGUGAUAGAUUGCGAUCCAAUUUUUCCCUCCACCAUCUACGGCAGCAAGCAC